CCCGCCUGCAGAGUCAGUGUGCGGUUUGGGAGAAAAUGUGUCGGAUAUUUUGGGGCAGUCACGUGGGCGGGCGGGCUCCGAGAGGCCCCGAGACGGUCCCAGCCUAGAGCCCGUGCCCCCCCCCAAGCCCCCCAUUACCGCGAGCCCCUGACACUGCGACGCUCCAUCCCCGCGACCGACCGGAGCCGGGACCUCGGGGCUCGGCGGCCUCCCUUCCCCCUCCUCCCUCCUCCUCCAGCAUUUACAGCCCAGUCCCUUCAACCUGACCCAGUAUGUAAGAGGGACUCUCUGCAGGUGGCUGGAGGGACUCUUGGAGACCCAGUGGGCAAGCCAGGAAGGGUGGUCACAGAGCCUCCCAGGCCCGGACAGUGGGCAUGGGCAGGGGCUGUGGCUGAAGACCUCUUCUGCCCACUGCAGACCCCAGGGGAUUCAGCUUCCCACACUGCAGCUGCCAUGGCCACCAAUAAGGAGCGACUCUUUGCAGCUGGUGCCCUGGGGCCUGGAUCUAGCUACCCAGGGGCUGGCUUCCCCUUUGCCUUCCCAGGGGCACUCAGGGGGUCUCCACCUUUCGAGAUGCUGAGCCCUAGCUUCCGGGGCCUGGGCCAGCCUGACCUCCCCAAGGAGAUGGCCUCUCUGUCGGUGGAGACACAAAGCACCAGCUCAGAGGAGAUGGUGCCCAGCUCGCCCUCGCCCCCUCCACCUCCUCGGGUCUACAAGCCAUGCUUCGUGUGCAAUGACAAGUCCUCUGGCUACCACUAUGGGGUCAGCUCUUGUGAAGGCUGCAAGGGCUUCUUCCGCCGAAGCAUCCAGAAGAACAUGGUGUAUACUUGUCACCGUGACAAAAACUGUAUCAUCAACAAAGUGACCCGGAAUCGCUGUCAGUACUGCCGGCUACAGAAAUGCUUCGAAGUGGGCAUGUCCAAGGAAGCUGUGCGGAAUGACCGGAACAAGAAGAAGAAAGAGGUGAAGGAAGAAGGGUCCCUUGACAGCUAUGAGCUGAGCCCCCAGUUAGAAGAGCUCAUCACCAAAGUCAGCAAAGCCCAUCAGGAGACCUUUCCCUCGCUCUGCCAGCUGGGCAAAUAUACCACGAACUCCAGUGCGGACCACCGGGUGCAGCUAGAUCUGGGGCUGUGGGAUAAGUUCAGUGAGCUGGCCACCAAGUGCAUCAUCAAGAUUGUGGAGUUUGCCAAGCGACUACCUGGCUUUACAGGACUCAGCAUUGCUGACCAGAUCACUUUGCUCAAGGCUGCCUGCCUGGACAUCCUGAUGCUUCGGAUCUGCACAAGGUACACCCCAGAGCAAGACACCAUGACCUUCUCUGAUGGGCUCACCCUGAACCGGACUCAGAUGCACAACGCCGGCUUCGGUCCCCUGACAGACCUCGUCUUUGCCUUUGCUGGGCAGCUCCUGCCAUUGGAGAUGGAUGACACGGAGACGGGGCUGCUCAGCGCUAUCUGCCUCAUCUGUGGAGACCGCAUGGACCUGGAGGAACCUGAAAAAGUAGACAAGCUGCAGGAGCCACUGCUGGAAGCCCUGAGGCUAUAUGCCCGGCGGCGGCGACCCAGCCAGCCCUACAUGUUCCCAAGGAUGCUCAUGAAGAUCACUGACCUCCGGGGAAUCAGCACUAAGGGAGCAGAAAGGGCCAUUACCCUGAAGAUGGAGAUUCCAGGUCCGAUGCCUCCCCUGAUCCGAGAGAUGCUGGAGAACCCUGAAAUGUUUGAGGAUGACUCCUCGCAGCCUGGUCCCCACCCUAAGGCCUCUAGCGAGGAUGAGGUCUCUGGGGGCCGGGGCAAAGGGGGCCGUAGUCCCCCACCUGACCAGGGCCCCUGACUUCCUCUGCCAUGGGGGUUGGGGCUCCAGGCAGCAGACCGACCAUCUCCCAGACACUGCCAGUGACUGGGGGAGGACCUGCUCUGCCCUCUCCCCACCCCUUCUGAUGAGCUCCUUGUUUUUGCCAAAGUUUCCAGGGGUGCCUCUGUGUUCAUCCCCUUCUUGCUCUAACCAGCUCCCUCUCCAGUCUCGGGAGCCUACCCUGCCGCCACCAGGAGAGAGGGCAGAGGGAUGAUCCUGGGUUUAGACUCUAAAAUCUCAGCACUGCCCCUCAGACACCAGGGUCCGGGCUUCUUAGUGCAGGAGGAAGACCCUGCCAUUCCACAGCGCCUUCCUCUGCCAGAUGCUUAGGCCUCUGGGAGCAAAUAGGAACACUAGAGACCAAAAGAGGGGUGUAGGGGGUGGGGCUGAGCCCACCUUCUUGCCCUGCCCUUGGUCCCUCAUGCUGCGUAAUGCACCUGCUGGGUGCUGGCUGCCCUCUGUGCCCCAUUCUCGUGCCAGGUCAGGGUGGGGCAGGCUGGGCCCUGCAUUUUUGUGGGAGUAGAGGAUGAAAUGGAAGGAUGCAGGUACUUUCUGCACCUCUUGGCUUGGGCCAAGGGUUUACCUUGUGCCCUCCGUGAUGAGACCUGCCCCCAGCCUUGUCAUGUGCCUUGGGCUCCUCCUGCCCCACAUCUCAGCCACUGGGGCAGGGACCUUCCUACACUACAGAGGGGCCAGGGGAUCCCUCUGCCCCUAGUGCCUUCCCUCCUUGAUCCCCAGAGCAGCUUGGCCCAGGGAGAGGGAGGUGGGCGCUGCUUAGCCAAUCCUACCCUGACCCAGAGGAAGCCUCUAUUUAUUUAUUAGCUUUUGUUUACACCCUGGACUUGACCCCUUCCUCCAGGGGUCUUAAGAGGGGGAGCCCAGGGCCCCUGUGAACCCUCCCUUCUUCCUCCAAUCCCCCGUUUGUAUUUAGCUGCCAAAUAAGAUUCCCACUGGCUCCCCUUUUUCUCUGGGGGGGUCAGGGUGCUGUCCCCUCCCCUCUGUUUACAGCUCCCUUCCACCCCGCUGUAUCGCAUAUUGCUGAGUUUUCUAUUUUUGCAAAAUAAAGUGAUGGAAACUCA